ACAUUUGGGCUCCACCUCCCAAAAUCUGUACUUUUUGCUCUCAAAUUCUCUCUUCUUACCUGAUUACAGAGUAGUUUAUUCUCGCCGCCAUCUCCUCCGCCCCCAUUUCUGACACUGACCCCAUUUUCCCUUACCAUUUUCCCCCUCAAUUCCUUCAACUUCUAACCGAACCUCCAACUUUUUCCCCUUCAUCCGUGGCCGCCCAUGAUUCUCUCUAUCUGGCCCCAUAAUUGCGGUUUCUUUCGCUUUUGCUAUGUGGGUUCCUCUGGAUUCCACUUUCUCGCAUUGCAUGUGAAACCCAGCUGCGUUUCGUCCCCUUUUUGUAUCUUUUUCCCCCCUCUCUGUUCUGUUUUCAACUGUGAAUCCCAGAUUCUGGAUUUUCCCCUGUGAGAUUCCCAUUUUCGGUUCUGCGUUUUGGAUUUUGCUGCAUGGUACUUGCUUAGAUAAAAGGAUUCUGGGUGAAUAGAUAAAGGAUUCUGGGUGCACCAAUCUUGUUAUUCGGUUGAGUUUCUGAAUCAGAAACCAGAUUGUGGGACGAUCGAUUUGAGGGUCGAUAUGAUUUCUCCAGCAUUGAUUUGUUUCUGCUGGAGUAGCGGAAGUUGCAGGGCACAUAUCGAUUGAGUGAGAUUCUAAAUGGAAGUAUCAUCGAGUGGUAAACGCUCGAUAUAUUGCCUUCGGUAUCUUAAUUCCAGAAUUUGCAAAUGCGUUGCCAUAUUACUUGCUCUUCUGGUUGUUAGAGCUAUUGUUUUCCCGUCGCUCUCAAGUUUUAGUCGGAUUGGAGAGAACGGCUUAGUAAUCAUCCGCAAUCACUCUCUGUGGUCUAGUUCUGAUUCCGGAAUUCGAAUCGACAAGUUUUUGGAGGUUCCUCAGAUUGUUUGGGGUUUGAACAAUCAAAAGAUAGCAUUUGCUAGAGCUUGUCUGACUGCAAGAAUGUUGAACCGAACUCUUUUGAUGCCUAGCCUGAGUGCCUCCCUCUUCUACAAAGAAGUCGAGCGUUUGGAACCGAUUUCCUUUGAUAAGAUCUUUCAAUUUGAAGAGUUCAAUUCUCGCUGCAACGGGUAUGUUCGAUUGGGUCGUUAUAUGGAUAUCUCAAAUCGAACAAGAGCAACUGAGCUGCCAAAAGGAAGCGGGAGGAAGUGGACGGUCGAGAGGGAUUUGGAGCAAUUGAGGGAGUAUAGCAAGGAACUGUUUGAUCAUCAUGAGGUGAUCCGAAUAGUUGGUAAAAAUCCCUUUCUAUGGCACGAUCACUGGCCUGUAAAGGACUAUGCAAAGGUUUUCGAGUGCUUAGUUUUGGUUGACGAAAUAGAGAAAGAAGCAGAUAAAGUGAUUGCGAAGAUACGAGAGGUAGGAUCAGAAGUUAGAAGUAAAUUUGGAUCCGAUGCUACUGGUGUGGAAUCCGAGAAGUUGUUGCAACUGGUGCCAUAUGUUGCGGUCCACAUGAGAAUAGAGAUAGACUGGAUGAUUCACUGUAAGAAGUUAGAGCAGAGAUCUAAGAUAAACCAAAUUUGUAGUAGCAAGGAGGAGAUAAUGGAUAGAGUAGGGAACAUUUUGGGAACGAAAACGCCAGUGGUCGUUUAUCUUGCUGUGGCAGAUAGUUUACUUAACGAUUCUUCUAUUUUGAAAGGUUGGAAAGAAGGCUUGCUACCUUUUGAGAAGAAGAAAUUGGGGAUUGAUAAGAUAUACAAGAAGUAUCCUUACCUCAUACAGUCAGCAAUCGAUUACGAAGUUUGCUUGAGGUCCGAUGUCUUCGUUGGAAACAGUUUCUCCACGUUUUCGAGUCUUGUAGUUCUCGAGAGGACGCAAAAGAUGAUCAAAACGGGGGUCGAGGACCUAUGUAGUACAGAUGUAAGGUGGCCUUCUUAUGCUUAUAACAUAUUAGGAGAUUCAAAGGGUCCUCGGAAAUGGAUAGCUAAUAUGGCUGAUUUAAGCCUCCAAAAAAUUAGCUAUGGUUCCAACGAAACCUCUUGUUAAUGGUCGCCUUCUCGAUUACACGAGAUUGAAGAUGUUAACUCUACGUCGUUAUUCUUUCAUUCAUUCAAAAGCAGAAGUAGAUGAUGGAGAAAUAUGGAGAAAGGAAGAAACAGCACCCUCCGAAUCCAAUCGGUACAGUUUUCGGUUUUGUACAUUUGAUUAUUUGUUACACGUUCAGUAGAUGCUUUUUGAGGAAUUGAUUGAACUAUUCUUUAUAACCGUCCAUUCAUUUUACAAAUUGUUUUACCAUACAUAAAAGUUUCGCAGCUAUUAAUUUCUCCUGUGAAUAUAUAUUUAGCAUACAGAGG